CGCUCGGCGACAUGUGCCUGGCGCCGGGCUGGAGUGGGCGGUCGGUGGGCUCCCCGCGAGCGGUUCGCUGACUCCGGGGCUGCCCUAGCCCCAGUUCUCGACCCUUUCCUGCGGUGCACCCGCUGGACCCCAGCCCCUGGGUACUCCACUGCCCUUCUGGGUGGUGGGUCUUCCUGAUGCAAAGAUAGGAUGGUUUAGAAGGCUCCACGGGCAUGAGGAGGGCGGACGCAAUUGUGUGCGGUCCGGAGCAGAGGUCCAGGGCAUUGCUCACGGGCGAAAGCUGGGCGGACUCCACCUGCUCCCUCACCUGGGUCAGGUGCGCCCGCGGGGCGGGACCUGGGGAGGCGGACCGAGAGGACUUCCUCUUCCUGAGCCGGUGCCUAAAGCUGGCACCAAGCGGAGCGCGGCGCGACCACCAUGAAUAACCCAAUACCUUCCAAUCUGAAAUCAGAAGCAAAGAAGGCUGCCAAAAUAUUAAGAGAAUUCACAGAAAUAACUUCCAGAAAUGGACCUGACAAGAUCAUUCCAGCCCAUGUGAUUGCGAAGGCAAAAGGACUUGCUAUUUUGUCUGUGAUUAAAGCUGGGUUUCUGGUGACAGCAAGGGGAGGCAGCGGGAUUGUCCUGGCACGUCUUCCAGAUGGAAAAUGGUCUGCACCUUCAGCCAUUGGGAUAGCUGGGCUUGGAGGAGGGUUUGAAAUAGGAAUUGAGGUAUCGGAUUUGGUGAUCAUUCUGAACUAUGACAGAGCAGUGGAAGCCUUUGCAAAGGGAGGAAACUUGACACUAGGAGGGAAUUUUACUGUGGCAGUUGGGCCCUUGGGAAGGAACCUGGAAGGAAACGUGGCCCUGAGGAGCUCGGCAGCAGUCUUCACUUACUGCAAAUCCCGGGGCCUCUUUGCUGGCAUCUCCCUGGAAGGGAGCUGUUUGAUUGAAAGGAAAGAAACUAAUCGGAAAUUUUACUGUCAGGAUAUCCGAGCUUAUGACAUUUUAUUUGGAGAUGUGCCACGGCCAGCCCAAGCAGAAGAUCUUUAUGAAAUUCUUGAUUCCUUCACCGAAAUGUACGAGAGUGAGGGACAGCGCAUCAACGCCAGAAAAGCGGCACGGGAGCAGAGGAAGGCUAAGGAAUUACCUCCAAAACCAUUGUCAAGACCACAGCAAUCAUCUGUCCCAGUCCAGCCAAAUACCAGCUCUCAGAGUAAUGGAAAUAGGCUAUAUCCUGAACUUCCUAGCUAUCGUGAGAAAGUUGGCAAUUCGAAUCGGUUCCUAGAAGUGACAGCACUGUAUUCUUUUGAAGGGCAACAGCCAGGGGACUUGAGUUUUCAAGCUGGAGACAGAAUCACCGUUAUAUCAAAAACUGACUCACAUUUUGAUUGGUGGGAAGGAAAACUUCGAGGUCAAACUGGCAUUUUUCCAGCCAACUAUGUAACCAUUAAUUAAAGUUUACAUUAUUUUCUUACUUGAUACACACACACACACACACACAAAUAUUCUUACACUGAAAGGAUUUACUAUCCAGUUAAGAUUAAUGUAAGUUUAAAAACUCACUGACCUGCAAAACUUUUGUCCAGUUCUAAAAGAUGUUUCUCUACAUGUAAAUAAAUGGUUAACUUAUAUCUCGUUAA